UUAUAUCCAAUACGCUUGUUGCAAAUGCAAAGAGUUUGCCAUGUUUCAUUGAAGCUAAUUCUUUUUCUUUGCUUAUGGAAAAAUAGCACUUGACACUACAUGCAACAUUUAAGAAUAUGCUAAAAUAAUAUCUUAACAUUCCAGCUAUAAAUGGCUUUUGUAGAAUUUGGUUAGUAUAAUCCACCCUGUUAACAAGAUUGUACUAUGUUUCACAUUAUUUUUUUCAACUGCCUCGUAUGUUCCAAGUUAUCCUCCCCUUCCAGAGUGUGCCUGGCAAAUAGUAGUCAGGCUUCUUCCCAUAGAGUGUCACGUUUUCUUUUGUAUAAAGCUUCAAACUAUAUCCCUUAGCUUCUUUGGCUACAGCCCUUUCUGACUAAAGACAGCUGACUAGGAGAGAUUUGCUAAACCAAGAAAAAUAAAGACUGUUCUCCAAAGUGUAAGAGUGUUGUCCUGUUGCCUGGAAGCCACAUCCUGCUUCCAUAAUCUAUGUGCGUUAAGGAUAAACAUUUUUGUUUGAUGGUUCCUUCCUUCCAGCCUUGCUUCUUGUAUGGAAGCAAUGAACUCUGGAUCAUAAAAGGGGAUCAUGUGUAGGCUUCAGUAGAUAGAAAGAUUAAUAUGCUUUUCCUGGCAAGUGCACAGUUCUUCCUUAAGGAGGUCUGACUCUGACUGUCUUGCAUCCAAAAGAUUAUUAAAGAUAAUAUAUUGUGCUUCAUAACACCUGCUCAUGCUACAGUCACUUUUAUCCUGACACUGCAGGCUACUGAAGUAUAAAUGCGAACAGUGUCUUCCUCCUAAGCCCACUGACUUCAACUGACAUAGAAAGUCCUCAAGGAAUGAAGUUCCAAUCCAAACGCGCUCUUUCAGAUUACUUUAAAAAGAAUGAUGAAAUGGUUCUUAAAUCAGAGGAUUUUGAUUUUAAUGCUCCUGUUCAGAAAGAGGCACAAUCCAGAACCAAAGGAUCAAGUAUUAUGGAGUCUGAAAUACAGAUCUAUAACUCAAAUAGCCAGGUUUCUGAUCUUGGAUUGCAAAAUAGUAAUAAAGGACAUGCAACUUUUCUGCAAAAUGAAUUUUUGGAACUACAGACUAAUGCCAGGGAGUUGGAAACGAUUUCUGUCUGUUUGCAGGAAGGGCCCUCAAAAGAUAACUCAAAGCACUGUUUUUUAAAGGCCAAAGAAACAACAAUUUUGGAUGAUGGCCAAAACAAAAAAGAAAGAAAACUUUCACAUAAAAAACAAGGAAUGGGGUGUAUUAAAAAAAGUAGACAAAAGAAUGGCAUUUGUGCUAUAAAUAGUGAGAGUGUAAGUGAUCAGAAAGUGUGCAAAAUAGGUUCAAGAAGAAAGAAAAUACACAUGAAGGAUGAAAUGCUGAUUUCUGAACCAACAGUGGAGGUGCAUAUUAAUCCUGUUGCGGCGGUCUUGGAAUGCAAGUCAGGCUCAGAAAUUUUACAAUGUGGUGAGAAUCCCAUCAAGAUUGUUACUGCAACAACUAAUAAGACUCCUUCAGAACCUGAAAAACUGGAAAAUUGGAUGCCCUCAGAGAGUGAAGAGAUAAAGUUUGCUUCCAAGAUGGAUAUUGAUGUUUCACAGACCUGUGAUGAACAACACUUUACAUCACUAAAAGAGGGCCGUGUUCGAAGAACUCGAGUGGAGAGAAGGAAAACUAGUCCAUAUUUUUCCAGCAGAUUCCUAAAAGAAGCUCCAAGCCCCCCAAGAAGGAAGGCUUUUAGGAAAUGGACUCCGCCUCGUUCUCCUUUUAAUUUGAUCCAGGAAACACUCUUUCAUGAUCCGUGGAAGCUCCUAAUCGCCACCAUAUUUCUGAAUAAGACUUCAGGUAAGAUGGCCAUCCCUGUUCUUUGGGAAUUUUUGAAGAAAUAUCCUUCGCCUAGAGUAGCAAGAGCUGCCAACUGCAAAGAAAUGUCAGAGCUGCUUAAACCUCUUGGUCUAUAUGAACUCAGAGCAAAGACAAUUCUCAAAUUUUCAGAUGAGUAUUUGACCAAACAAUGGAAGUAUCCUAUUGAGUUGCAUGGGAUUGGAAAAUACGGAAAUGAUUCUUACAGGAUGUUCUGUGUCAAUGAAUGGAAGGAGGUACAGCCACAAGACCAUAAACUGAAUGUCUAUCAUGCUUGGCUUUGGGAAAACCAUGAGAAACUGAAUCUUAAUUAACAGCUUUAUACAAACACACUUUUCUCAAUUUCUAAUAUUUUGAUCCAUCUAGUUACCUUAAAUGUAAACAUUCUUUUAAAAUAUUUGUUCCUUUAAACAAAUAGUUUCUGAACUCAUUGUAAUUAAAGGUGAAUAAACACGUUUUUUAAGAAAGAUCAGUAUUUUUAAUUGUUCAGCCCUUUAGCUAUGCAGAUAUGCCUGUGUUUAGUCUCACUGGAAUGCAUUUUAUUCUUGCAUGUAUAUUAUUAUAUCGUAAUUACAUAGUAUCUAUAAUGGUUGUAGUUUUAUACAAUAUUUACCACAAGCCACAUGGUAUAUAAUCUUAGAGGUACCAAUCCAAAGGGAUGUGAACUUGAGCAGUUGGCUAAAGCCCCCCCCCCCCCCGCCUGCCUUAUGCACUUGGUGUGAGUUCUUGCCUCUGCCAAAUCAGAGUGAUUUGCUGGUGUAAUUGUUCAUUCAUAGUCUCAGUCAAGAUCUUGAGGUACUGAAAGGGAAGAUCAAAGAGUUUAGUGUGUAUUGGUCAAAAAUACUUAUGAAUAGGGUUGGCCAAAAGCCUGAAAAAGAAUGUCCUGUCUCUUUAACAAAGUCAUAAUUUGUGGAAAUGGGCAUUUGAAGCUUUUCAUGGCGUGGAGGUAAAUAACACUUUGUGGUAAAUAACAUUCCAUGAAUCCUCCUUUAAAGUGAUGAGAUAUUUGCAGCUGUUCUUACACUAGAUGCUAUUUUUUUAAAAAAAAUGGAACUUCCUCAUAGGGCUAUGAUUUCCUCUAAAACAAUUGAGGGAAUGUUAGAUCAUUUAGAGGGAUGCAGUAUUUUUAUUUUAUCAUACAUUAUUUAUAGUCUACCUUUCUCACUGAGACUCAAGGUAGAUUACACAGUAACUCUGUAUGAUCGGGGGCGGGGGGCAUUCAAUAAACAUGGAACUUCAGUAGUGACCUCCACGUUACCUAGAAAAAUGUCUCCAUAAUAUUCUUAGGCUGAAAUCCUAAGAACGCUUUCUGGAGAUUAAUCCCCGCCGAAUAAAAUAGGACUUCUGAGAAGUCCUGUUUAGGAUUGGUGUCUAUUGUGUUUCAGGUGGGUAACCGUGUUAGUCCAGAAUAGAAGAGCGAGAUUGAGUUUUUAUGAGCUUUUGAGCUGGAAAGCUAGUUGGUCCUCAAUGUGGUACUGGACCUGAAUCUUGCUGUAUUUUGUUCAGCUGUAAGAGCUCUAUGCUUGGUAAGUCUUUGUAUUGUGACAGUUAAACAUAUUCAGCAAAAGGGAACAAUACUAAUGAACAAAAAUAAGCCUCAUUAGAAAUUCAUAAAUCAUAAUUUAUUAAUUUUUCUUUACCUCAUUUAUACCCUACAACUUUCUCUGCUGUGGAGACCCCAAAUGGCAUAUUACUCUCCUUUAUUUUAUCCUCACAACAACCCUGUGAGGGAGAUAAGGCUGAGAGUGAAUGAAUGGCCCAAAGUCACCCAGCAAGAUCCUAGUCUGACACUCCAGCCACUACACCCCACUGGUUAUCUAUUUAUGUCAUUUAUAGUCCCCCUUUCUCCCUGAGUCUCCAGGUGGAUUAUGUUGUCAGAAUUUGUUAGUGGGUCAGAACCAGGCCUUUUUGGUUCAUGUUAGAAAUAGGGAACCAACUAUAGUUUGGGAAAAGGAAAUCUUCCAAAGACCUUCCCUCCGUCACUGCAGAAUAAAGUUGCAUCUCCUAGGAAGGUCUCACCCUCUGCGGCAGGAAACAGAUAAGGCCAUAAAAGUUAGUUGUUUGAGACCUUUUUAAGGGUCCUCUGGCCUUCUACAUAUAAAUCACCAAAAGAGUAAACAACAAACAGCUUAUCUUUAGGAAGACAAGGUAUCUAAAACCCUCAGCCAGUGAAGUGUGAACAUUCCUAUGUAAUUUACAAUGUAGUCAAAUACAUAUCAAAGAUGCAGUCUAUCACAGAGGUAAAAGAUGUGUAGACUUGUGUUUACAUGAAAGACUCUCAAGGGAACUGACUUUCAAGAACAAAAACAAUGUGAUUAAGAUGUUAAUGAAGCAAAUCUUUGAUAUUUCCCUAUAAAAGGGACGAAACAAGAACUCGGUACCCCUCACUUGCUAACACGCAAAGGCCAGCUUGAGCUUGUGGUUGUGCAAUGGAACGGUCCCAGAGCUCUGGAAUGGGGGGAGGGAAGUUUUUUUUCCCUGUAGUUAUCUUAUAAUAUUGUUGUAUCUUGCAUGCUAACUUGUAUUCUGUAUCUAUCUCUAUAGUGCUCUAGUGGUCAGUGAGCUGGGCCCAUAUCUGGUGCCUUGCCCAACUGUUUUUUGUUUUGU